AGAGGCGCGGAGAGGGUCGGGCGCUUACGUAAGGACAACUCUGGUAUCCAAGCUUGUAACUAUGAACUUUUCAAACAAUAUGGCGCAUGUGUACAGCUGCGCUACAGACUUAGACGAUAAGACUCCUUGCGUUGGAAAUUAUGUAUGUAUAGAGAAUUCGUUAGAAUAGUGAUAAUAUAAUUUGGACGCAGACUCGUCGGAGUUUAAUACUAGUUCGCAGCAUCAGACCGCCCGCGCGCCUUCGACAACUUUUGAGCGAGCCUACAGUACUCACCUGCUUGCCAUGAAGACUUGGAGCCUUUUCGGUCCAUAAAUGUUACUUUAUAACAGAUACCGAUUCUUGAAUGUUUUGUUAACGAGUAUGCGGGUAUUAUGUAUCUUUUUUGUUAGGUCAUAUGCUUUAGCGUAAAUGUCUGUGACUGCAACUUAAACGAGACAAGCAAAAGAAAUGCUGUUGAAUAUGAGGGAGAAUAACACGCCGUUGUGUCAGAGGGAGAAGGAGAGAGACAGACUUCCCCCGAUCUUCAAUCACUCCACAUCCGUUUUAGAGCGAGGGCCAAAGCUGCCAUACCCCUCCAUCAGCAGUCUCAUGUCUUCAGCCAAUCAGAAGAGAGAUGCUGCUGGUCGCUGUCUUUCUUCCCCCUUUAUCCUGCCCAGCAUCAAACAUGGUUAUAUUGCAGGUAGAGAGCUGCCCCCCCUGUGUCCUGAGGUCAAACAGAAACACCGCAUCACCAUCGACAUCCUGCCCCCAGAGGUUAAGGCACGCCUCUCCUCCGAACCUGUCAUCCCUUUACGAACCAAGACCACCAAAGAGUUCCUGGAGGACAUGGACAGGGCCACUGUCUCAGGAGACUGGAGGAUGGUCCAUGAGUUCUACUGGACCACGUUUGGCUCCUUCCUGGAACUCAACGCUGCCUUCAAGAAAGAAGCAAAUGCUCCUUUCAACAUGACGGAGGACUCAGGAAUCAACACCAAGUUUGUCAAUGCUGUCUACGAUGCACUACCUCUCACACCUCCUGACACCCAGAAGGCUGUGCUCAAGGGCAUCAUCAACUGUCUGCUGAGAGAAUGGAAGGGGCGUCGGACGAAAGAUGAUCUCAGGGCCUAUUUCAUCCUUGUUCAGAACCCCCAGUGUACCAGUCCAGCCACCUAUGUCAUCUAUGCUCAUCUACUGAGACAAGUGGCAGCGCUGGCCGAGGCAGAUCUGUAUGUCUUAAUGCACUGGCUGAAGAAACUGUCUUCUAAGCGCUUGAAGCACCUUGUGGAGCGUGUGCAUCUCUUCAUCUCCACUCGCCUGUUCCCCUCCAAGCCGGAGGAGCUUCCGCCUCUGGCCAAGUGCUCCUGGUGGAUCCCCUCCGCCACCAAAGUCCUCUCUCUGCUUAAUGCAGCCAACAGCCUGUCCAGUCGUCCUCUGCUGCCCUACGCAGACUUCUACAACCCCAGUCUGGAGCUGACCGACUACAUGGAGGACUACCGCUCCUGGCAGGCCCAGGGCCCCUCCACCAGGUUCACCUUCUGUCAAUUCCCCUUCAUCCUAUCUGCUGGGGUGAAGAAAGCCAUCAUCCAGAGAGACUCAGAACAACAAAUGAUCAGCACUGCCAGGCAAAGUCUGGUGGACAAGGUGAGUCGUAGACAGAGAGUGGACAUGAGCCUUCUCUUCCUCAACAUCAGGGUCAGGCGGCUGCAGCUGGUAGCAGACUCACUUGAUGAGUUGACCAGAAACCGUGCAGACCUGAAGAAGAAGCUAAGAGUGACCUUUGUCGGAGAGGCGGGGCUAGACAUGGGCGGACUCACCAAGGAGUGGUUCCUCCUCCUGAUUCGUCAGAUUUUUCACAUGGACUAUGGCAUGUUUACAUUCCAGAAGGACUCCCACUGUCACUGGUUCAGCAGCUGGAAGUGUGACAACAACUCUGAGUUCCGAUUGGUUGGUGCUCUGAUGGGCCUAGCUGUGUACAACAGCAUCACUUUGGACAUCCGCUUUCCGCCCUGUGUCUACAAGAAGCUUCUAACCCCACCGGUUCCACCCUGCAAUCCAGACGCUCCUGUCGGCAUGGCAACACUUUCCCUGGACGACCUGCAGCAGGUCAUGCCGGACCUAGCUCGAGGUCUGGCUGAGCUCCUCAACUAUGAAGGCAACAUAGAGGAGGACUUCUGUAUGAGCUUCCAGGUCUGCCAUGAGGAACUGGGAAUCGUCAAGUCCUACAACCUGAAGUCUGGAGGAGACAAGAUCCCAGUCACCAACCAGAACAGGAAAGAGUUUGUCCAGCUGUACAUAGACUUCCUGUUGAACAAGUCCAUCUUCCGCCAGUUUGCUGCUUUCUACCACGGCUUCCACAGUGUCUGCUCCUCAGACGCACUCAUGCUGUUGCGUCCAGAGGAGGUGGAGGUGCUGGUGUGUGGCAGUCCUAACCUGGACAUGAGCACCCUGCAGAGACUGGCCCAGUAUGAGGGCUACAGCAAGACUGAUCCCACUGUCAGGGCCUUCUGGGAGGUGGUGCUGGCGUUUCCUCCCGAGAUGCAGAAGAAGCUGCUGCACUUCUCCACAGGAAGUGACCGUGUGCCAGUAGGGGGUGUGGCCGACCUCAACUUUAAGAUCUCCCGGAUGGACGUCUCCACGGACUGGUUGCCGGUCUCUCACACCUGUUUCAACCAGAUCUGCCUGCCUCCGUACAAGACCAAGAAGGAGCUCAAGCAGAAAAUAACCAUCGCCAUGUCCAACUCAGAGGGCUUCGGCCUGGAGUAACCUCCCAUGCGCGGGCACACACACACACUCUUCGACACACAAUCACACAGGUGCACCAGUGCACACAGACAUUUCCACACCUUGAGAGACUGCCAGGGAUUGCGGUCAUGAGAUAUGUCUACAUGCAGGUGACCCAUGGCAUGUCUGGACACGCACCUGCCUGUUACCCACUACUCAAAGAGAUAUUGCUCAACAAGUCACCUGUUACUGUAAGACCCUGAAGGCAUAUCAAGGUCACACUUUCCAGAGACUGGCAGCCCUGCCAGGUAGUUAGCUAGUGUUCCACUAAGCUCUGGCUUAUUGAUACCAGACUGGACACAGGGAAGGGGGGUGCGCGUUGUAACAGAACUGCCGUGUGGCUUUUUAAAGACAUGACCUCAAUGUGGGAUAUGAUAGGAAUGUGUGUGUGUGUGUGUACUGUAAUUUGGUGUGCCGGUAGGAGGGUGUGUGAGUGUGUGUAGGAAUAACUGUGUGUGUUAAAGUAGUUUGAAGAACGUUCUGCAAGAGGGUGGUGUGACUUUCUUAAAGAGACAGAGAACCUUUAGCUAACCAACCAGAGCUACGCCUCUCCCUGACCAAGGCCUGCAUGCCUGGAAGAAUAAACUCAGUCACGCUCUGACGCUGGUAAAUUAUAAAGAAUAAACCUUAACAUAUUUAAACUAAUAUAUAUUUGCUUGGCCUCAGAAAUGUUGGGACCAUAUUGGAAGAGGCAGUUUGUGUGCCAGAGUAUUAUGAUCUGACGAUCCUUUCUGGCUUUUAAAUGUUGGGACCAGAGAGGGAAAUUAAUCUCCCAAGUUGUUCAGUAGUUUGUCAUACUAUGUAGGAUGAUAUGAAAUGUUACUGAAGGUUGUGCCAUAGAAAUGUACAUGUAACAUUUGUUGUUGAUAGUCACUGUGCACCAAAUGUGUAAUUCUGUAUGGGAACGUGAGAGUAGUUGUCAGUCAUGUUGCUAUUAGACAUGUUAUUAUGUAGCAUCUUGGUGUUCUAUAUGUAAUAUCUUAGUGUGAUUGCAGCGUCCACUCUCAGGUUAUCCACGUCCUGUACUGUAUGGUCAUGUGAAAGAGUUUCCAAGCUAAUAAAAGCUUCUUUGUUUA